AUGGCCGCAAGUAGUGGUAACACAGAUGUGUUCGAUUGUCAAGUGAAAGCUUGCGAGGAAUUUUUUCAAGAACUACUCCCUGAAGUUCAAAACUUAAAGCCAUUAGAAAACGACUAUAUACCAGAAAAUGCCAAAAGAUUCCAGGGACCAAUCUAUGAUAUAACAAACUUUGAUGCACGUGAAGUCGUCGCAUUGCUGUCUCGGAUUGUGAACGACAGAGAGCAGUUUACAGCAGGUAAGACCUUCUACUUGUUGUUACGCGACGGCCACGAGAACGAACCUGACGCAAUUGAGGAACUGUUCAAGCUGGUAGCCAACCCUAAAAAAGAUCAACCCGGCAAUGCGACCGUGUUUUUACGUCUCAGAAGAAAGGAGAAGUUUGAAAAAGACGCCCAUGACUACGAGGAACUGAACGGUGCCUUAGAAGCCUAUUACAAAAAGGAUACAGCAUCCUUCUCGAGAGAUAUCAUGAAAUUGUUUAAGAACGCAGUGGCCAAUAAAAAGUCUCAUCAAGCCACGUUUGAAGCUUACAUGGUAUUACUGUUUGAAAUAGCCCGACGCCUGGUUGCAUUAGAGGAGCCGAACGAGAAGAAAGCGCAGUAUGACGUUCUUCCGAUUGGAAGCGCGAUUGCAAGGAUCGUGAAAUUGAUGGCGCUUGGCAUAUGCACCUUUGAUGACGUAUUUUUUACGGGACACAAAUUCAACUGCUUCAAAGGAAAACCUGGGGAUAGGAGAAAAGCGAUUGAUAAAAUCAACGAGACCACUUUGGCAAACGCGUUUGCUAUGAAGGUCAAUUCUCCUCUUGAAGAGCUUACACAAAUGUCUUGUUCCAAAGAACAAGAAGAAGCCAUACUAGCAAAAAAAUUCGCGGAUCUAAAAACUUAAGGUUGCAGAUAAUACGGCUUGGUCGAUGAAGACGAAGAAGUCUACACUCAAUACAAAAUUCAUUCAGUAUUCGAUUACACCUGGACUAAUUUUUUUUUAUCAGACCUGAAGAAUCGUAAAGACAUCAAACUUAAAACAUACCUUAAUGGAUUUCAGUUUAUACCUGCAUAAAAUACGAGUUCAAGGUAAAAUAGUUUUCUAGGCUAUAGCAAACACUUAAGAAAACCGUAUAGUUUUAUGAAACGAUCAACCGUUUUAAGGGAACUACUUUUACACUGCACUUUCGGUUUCACGCGAUGUUGGGAAAGUACUUCCGUUAGUUAGUUACUUUCGUUUUGUAGGUGGUCACCCAUCACUUGUUGACUAAAUAUUUAACAUUAAAGUAGUCGAUCUUCGUACUUUUUAGCUUUCAUUCAUACCCAUAUAUCUUUUUUAUCCUGUCCUCCAUUAAAUGGAAAUGGUUUUGAUCUUCUAGAAUGAUAGUGUCCUUACAGUACCCGAGAAAUUAGCGAAUUAAAUCGAAAGAACAUAACUUCUUUGCAUCGGUGAACAAAAGGUUUCAUUCGAGCAAAUCAUUACAUUUGUUAAGUUCAGAGCGCGGAAGAAUAUGAAAAGAAUUUUUAAAAGUCUGCACUGGUCUAUUCAAUGUAUCUUUUGAAAUUCCUUAAAUUUUGGAAGGCGGUUGGAUCAAUAACUAACAAUUUGAAUAGUGCAAAGCCUGUUUAAUCUAUAAAUAACUGCCACUUCACCCCUGUCAGCUAUAAACCGUAAUAUCAUUAACUAAUGUUAUUGUGCAAAACUGUAUUCUUAAUUUCUGGUCUAAUAAACACGAUUACUAGCCAGGGCUUUUGUUUUCACUAUUUCGAUAUAGUAGGCGGGUUUCUAGGCUAAAUUUCAUUAGCUCUUCCGGGUCCUGUCUAGUUCCACCCCAGGGAAUAAGCGCGAGCUCAUUUCGCUCAUUUACGGUUAGCGAGCAAACCUAGCAGGUUUGUAGUAGAACUUUGUCGGUGUAUUAAAAAAAGUGCAAUGUUUGAGAGUCAUAUGAAUGUUGCAUGCGCAUGUUAACCGAAUGCACUCUGAUGCCCAGGAUCAUCCUUAAAGCACAAAAAAAUGAAAACAGUACAAACACAACUACUUGUCGUGAUAUGCUAGUAGGGAACUAGACAGUUUAAAGCCUUCGGAACUAACCUCGAAGUUACUCAACAGUGACAUUCAUUUACUCAACUUGUAGGAACUAUAGAUCACAGAAUAGAGAUAUAUCACGAGUUACAUUUUUGAAAGAUAAGUAGUGUAAGCCAUUUAUUUUAUAUCCAACAACCUAACUAUUAAAAGUAGGUUAAUUGCAUGCAAACAUGCACUGACUGAUGGCUUUUCCUACUUGCAGUUUUUACUUUAAAUCAUUUUCCUGAGAAUUCUACCAAAUGCGAUAGAGAGGGGAAUUCAUCGAGUCAUUUGCAACUGAUGCCCAUAGGUUUCUCGGUUUCUGAAUUGUAUUUAGACGGGUGUGGUUUCACGGGCAGUGACCAGCUUUAGCGUCUGAGCCGGCAACGCAGUACUAAAAAUCAGGACCUGUCGAACGUGAUUAAAAAGCGGUAAAAGAUAAGGAGCUGUUGGUUGCAUUUCGAUCACAGUUCUAUCCUACUUAAUGGCCACGUAUCUACCUUGCUUUAGGAACACUAAAGCUGAGAUUCUAUAUCGUUAGUAGGUUACUAGUCACUAGUUCCUAGACUCAGACAUUGCGCUGGAGCCGACACCUCUACCUCAUCACAAUCAUAGAUAAGUGAAUGCCUUCGAGUUUUCUUAGCUUUACCGUCGAGCUUUAUUUCAAAAUUCUUCCUAUGCUCUCCGGGUAGACUGCUUCAUACAUUGAAAUGUCUUUCGAAAUGAGUUGCAUUAUCUGGUUGACCGUGAUCGAACCAGCGUGAUGCGCUUGAAAAUAUAACGUUAUUCAAAAAGGGGCCGAAAGUGCAGACGUAAGACGAAAAAACUUGCUGAGCAGGUCACACAUGAGCACCGCAGGAAAACCAAGUACCACAAGAAUCUUAAUAUCAGAGGUUGCGUUUUCCUAACGUCGAACGCAAAAACAUCUAGCCUAUAUGACUAUGUCUUUUUAAGAAGCAUGCAAGAGGGAGGGAGGAACAUGGAUCUCCAGCAGAAAAAAUCCCAUUCUUUUCUCCACCUUGUUCCCUACAAAAUAUGCAUUGAAUGCGAUAUAACUGUGUAGCGUCUGACCAUUAGCCUCCUAAACAGAACAAAUACUAACAGUACUUCACGCUUUAAAUAGUAUCCCGCCAUAACGAAAGAAAUUAACAUGGUUGUAUAUUCUUCUCCUGCCAUCAAUAGCUUUGCCUUAGGUGUUCCCCUGACCAUCUCCGUCCCAGGACUUCCUGUUACCUCGAGCCACCGAUUUUUUUUCUUUCCCUUUCCUGUACGAGCUCUUGUCACGAAAGCGCCACAUUUAACACACUUUUAAAGUAUACAUACAUGCAUACAUACUCAUGCAUGCCUAACAUGAAAUCUGUCAUCUCGUCACACAGCAAGUAUGUUCUUUCAGAUUUCAACUCACCAACGCAACAACCUGACACCUGGAAUUGCAGAAAAAAAAACAGAUUGUCCACUCGAAGGAAAAUGCCUCCAAUCAAAUGUAAUCUACCAAGCCACUGUAACCACAGCGACGACAACUGAAACUUACGUCGGACUGGCAACAAACUUUAAGGAACGUUACAGAAACCAGCAGUCCUCCUUUCGACGCUCGAACAGAAGAAAUGAAACGGAACUCUCAAAAUAUAUUUGGACUUUACAAGACUCUAAGAAACCUUUCCAGAUAAAAUGGAAAGUUUUAAAGAAAUGUAAACCCUAUAGCAACAUUAGCUAAAAAUGUAACCUUUGUCUUUAUGAAAAGUUAAUCAUCAUUUGUAAAAAAGAGCUUUGUAGCCUAAACAAGCGAAACGAACUAGCGAGUUCAUGCCCCCACAGAAACAGAUUUGUAUUCCAGAACUCUAGAAUAACGUAACUAAGACACAAUCCAUCUGUUACCUUGAUACUAUCUCUUAACGCAUCCCUAUAACAACCACCCAAAUUUUACUGCCAGCUUUUAAUUUCAAAGUGUGUAAGCGUUCUGGCGCCUCUUGGCACUAAUUGGGGACACAUUUAAACCUAAUUAAGCUUAACUGCUUUAAAACAUAUAUAAAAGCCGGAAACGUACACUAUUGAAACUAAGUACUAUAUUUAGACUUUAAAACUAAAUGCAUAUAUAAGCGCGGAACCUAAACAUGUACAUCUGCCAAACAUACUAAAAUAAAUUAAUUUACGUAGGUUACUACACACGUCCAGUUAACCGAAGUAUAAGCGGUAUUAACUCCCACAUAUCCUUCGACAAUCGAUGUUACAUCCUUUUUGCGUAUCAUUAUCCUAAAAGCCACUAAAGUUCCAAUAUUUCCCUCCUCGUUGCUUAAUUUUGACCACAAUUUUGGUCCGAGAAACCUGAGAGAAUGUCUUUCAUCAGCAACAGUCUUAAAACGAGGUAAAAGAAAAUCUGACUACAGUACUAAGCACCUCCUCUGGAUAAAAGUUUUUUUUCUUUUCAUAUUAGAGCUUUUGUCUUUGACGAGUCCGUGACGACAUUUUCAAGACAAAGUAGCAAAUUAUGCAAAGUCGUUUUUAAAACAGUUUUCAGGACAUGACCUUUCUGUUAAAAUAACAUAGAAUAAUCUGUUACUUUGCCGAAGACUAUGGCGCCGGGGUAUGGCGUCACGAUCACGCCGAGAUGCCGGCUUAUUACACUCAUAUUUGCUAUAGUUUUUGCUCAAGUAAUUCGCCCCUGACCAAAAAUUAGAGCUUUAAAACAAAGCCCACUCCAGGAAAGCAACUGAGUCUGUCGAGUUGGGGUUCUGUGAUUGGUUCAUAAACCACUAUACGUCACGGAUAAAUAAUUAAUAGCACAGACUGAAAGAGGCUUGUGGAAAACACGAGGAAGCGAAAAGACAUUUCAACAUGGCGUCAGGUAACACACAUGAGUUCGAUUGUCAAGUGAAAGCUUGCGAGAAAUUUUUUCAAGAACAGCUCCCUAAAGUUCAAAACUUAAAGCCAUUAGCAGAAGACGAUAUACCAAAAAAUGCCAAAUUAUUCAAAGACCCAAAAAUCUAUGAUAUAACAAGCUUUGACGCGCGUGAAGUCGUCGCAGUGCUGUCUUGCAUUGUGAACGACAGAGACCAGUUUAAGAUGAAUAAGACCUUCUACUUGUUGUUACGCAACGGCCAAGAGAACAAACCUGACGAAAUUGAGGAAUUGUUUAGGCUGAGAGCACGCCCUACAACACAUCAACCCGGAAAUGCGAUCGUAUUUUUACGUCCAAGAGGAAAGAAGAAGUUUACAGAACCAGCCAAAAAAUACGACGAACUGAACGGUGCCUUAAAAGCCUAUUACAAAGAGGAUACAACAUCCUUCGCGAGGGAUAUUAGGAAAUUGUUUAAGAACAACGCAGUGGCCGAUAACAACUUUCCUCAAGCCAUGUUUGAAGCUUACAUGAUUUUACUGUUUGAAAUUGCACGACGCUUGGUUGCGUUAGAAGACCCGAGCGACAAGAAAGUGCAGUAUGACGUUCUUCCGAUUGGAAGCGCCAUUGCAAGGAUCGUAAAAUUGCUGGAGCUUGGCAGAACGGAUAUAUGCUCCUUUGAGGACGUGUUCUUUCCGAACAACAAAUUCCACUGCUUCACAGGAAAACCUGAGGAAAGGAGAAAAGCGUUCGAUAAAAUCAACGAGACCACUUUGGAAAUUGCCAAGAAAAAGAAUAUGGAGACCUACAGAGCAAGCGUUCUCUGGCUAGGUGGUGCGGCGAUAGAUCCGGCAAAAGUGUUUUCUAUGCAGGUUCCUAAGCAAGAUUAUGUUGCGAUAGAUCCGGCAAAAGUGUCUGCUACGCAAGUAAAAUGUCAUCUUGAAGAGCUUAAAGAAAUGUUUUGCUCCGAAAAACAACCAGAAGCGAUGCUACGCCGAAAAGAAGACAGCGCAGGAGCCAUGCUACAAAAAGGUCUCGAGGAUUUAUCAAUAUCAAUGAGUGUUGCAGAUAGUAUGGCCCUUUCGAUGAAGACGAAGAAGUCUGCAGUUGAUACAGAAAGAUAUACAGGAUACGAUCACGCUCGACGACAUGGUGUUUGGAGCUGA